GCCCUUGCGGCUCGUCACUCUUUCGCCUUUGGCUGUCUGUCGCUCCUUUGCAACCACACUCGUUAUCGAUACCAUCGACUCUCUUUUCUGUGCAUACCGAUUAAAGCAAAAAGGCAACAGAUUAGAAGUCCUGGCGGCCGAGGAAAAGAUUCAUUCACUUUGAAUUCUCAACGUCACCAUCACCGUCACCGCGUCUGCCAAGAGUAUCCUUCACUGGACCGCCAAUUGACAUACGUUUGUCAUACCUAAAAGUGAACGCAGCGAACAAUACUUCGGCUGCUAUCAAGGACCGCAUCUUCAACUGCAUCGCUCAUAUCGCAGAGCGUACACUUUAACCAUGAAGUCGUCAACCACCCUUUCCGUCGCGGCGGCGCUUCUGUCCGGCUCUGCUGAGGCUUUCUGGCGCAUGCCCUGCCACUCCAGAACAGCGUUCCUUCGUCUCGACCCUAUUGUCGACCCGGGUGUCGCUUCUUCCCACGGCCACGUAAUCCACGGUGGUAGCAAUUUCGGUGAAUCGACCACCUUCGCGGACCUUCGUGCUUCCAACUGCUCUUCUUGUCAGUUCAGCGAUGACAAGUCAGCCUACUGGACGCCUUCUCUGCACUUUGUCCACACCAAUGGCAAGACUGAAGUUGUGCCCCAGAUUGGUGGUAUGCUCGCAUACUACCUCCUUCUUGGCGACAACAUCAAACCCUUCCCCGAGGGCUUCGAGCUUCUCGCAGGUGACAGUCGCAUGCGCAACUUCACCGGUCCGGUCCCCGAUCCGCCAACAUCGGCCUGGAAUGCUGAUGACAUGACCCAAACAUCUCUCAUGCAGAAGUCGCUCGGCUUCAACUGCCUCAACUACGGUCGCGCGCCCGAAGGUUCUCGCUACCGCCAUUUCAUGCCAGACAAGGACUUCCUUGACACCAACUGCGCCAACGGUAUCCGCGCCGAGAUCUUCUUCCCCUCCUGCUGGAACGGCAAAGACGUCACAUCUGAUGACCACCAGUCUCACAUGGCAUACCCCAACAUGAUCGACGGUGGCAAGUGCCCCGAGGGAUUUGAAACCCGUCUCCCCUCCCUCUUCUACGAGACCAUCUGGAACACAUACGCCUUCAAGGGCAAAUCUGGACAGUUUGUGUGGUCUAACGGUGACCCAACCGGCUACGGGUACCACGCUGACUUCAUCAACGGAUGGAAUUCCGACGUCCUGCGUGCCGCCGUCAACGACUGCACAAACCUCUCGGGUCGCGUCGAGGACUGCCAGCACUUCACCUCAUCCCUACAGACCGAGGCCGAGCAGGGCGAAUGCAAGAUCGAGGACAUCCCCACUGCUCUGCUCGACGACGACUGCGGCGGCCCCUCUGACGGUCUUUGCGGUAACGUCCCUGUUCAGUACGGCCCAGAAUACGCCCAUGCGCUCAACCCCGGUGCCACCGAGAAGCCGUCAGGCGGCGCGUCUCUUACGUCGUCCGUCGCGCCCGUGCCCACACAGAGCUACGAGCCCGCGCGCUCCAAGAACUCCUACGGCGUCAGCGUGUACAAUGUGAAGCCCACCAUCGCCAAGGGUCCGUACAACACCGACCUUCUUGAGAUCAGCAUGCCCAGCCAGGCCGCUGCCUCCUCGUCGGCCGCACCCGCCGCACCUGCUGUCACUCCCAGCCCGUCUCUUGAUGACGCUGCGGAUCCGGAGGGAAGCAUCAUCUCCACCAAGAUUUACACCGAGGGCGGCAUCGUGUAUGAAGUUGCCAUUGAGGAGAUCGUCAUCACCACCACCGUCGACGCCGCGUACCGUAAGGCGCGCAGGCACGCACACGCGCAUCGCCGCCGCGAGAUGCACUAGACGCACUCUAUUGUGUCUAGCCCGCAGCAACAUCUUGCUCCUCUGAUCAUUCUUAUCACGAAGCAGCAUGGGCGGCGUCCGCAUUGCACUCUUGAGCGUUGAGAUUCUGCUGCUUGACAGCGCCAAUGGGCCCCUGGUGUGUAUGAGCGUUUGGGAACAUUGGGUUUCGUUUUCUGGUAUAUAGCGCUGGUGGCGGGCUUGGUGACUUUUGCAUUUGGACGAUUUGGUUCUUGCGUGUGCGUGCUUUCAGAGCGCUGCGCG